UGCUGCUUCGUAUUAUCCAAAACAAACCAACGAGAAGCCUCAGCGCGAGUGAAAGCAAGGCCGGAGCAAUGGCGGCAAUUGCAAGCCUUCAGAGCGCCAUGGUCUCCUUCUCCCUCAACUCCACCUCCUUCUUCGGCCAACGCCUGUCCUUCCCUCUCUCCAACUCUCCGAGCAAGGCCACAGAUAAACCAUGCCAGAUUGUAAUGAAGCUUAAACGAUGGGAGCGAAAGGAAUGCAAACCUAACAGCCUCCCUGUCUUACACAAGAUGCAUGUGAAGGUUGGGGAUACUGUGCAAGUUAUUUCUGGGCGUGAGAAGGGUAAAAUUGGAGAAAUCACUAGGAUCUUCAGGCACAAUAGCACUGUGAUUAUAAAAGAUAUGAACUUGAAGACAAAACACAUGAAGAGCAGAGAACAAGGCGAGCCUGGGCAGAUUGUCAAGAUUGAGGCUGUUAUUCACAGCUCAAAUGUUAUGCUCUAUUCAAAAGAACAAAAUGUAGCAAGCAGAGUGGGGCACAAAAUCCUAGAUGAUGGAAGCAGAGUCCGUUACCUUGUCAAAACUGGUGAAAUAAUAGACAGCUCAGAGAAAUGGAAGAGAGUGGUCAAAGAAAAGCAGGAGAAAGAAGAGAAAUCCAAUUGAUUUUACAUGACCCAAGUCAUUUUCUUGUAUGCACGGAUCAAUUACCUUGCUAAUAAUCUUAGAAUUUCAUCUUUUUUGUCUACUUGAAUGUAAUUGUAUCCCAGCUUUAGAUUGCUAUUUUCUUGUCUA